AUCUUUCCCAGCUAGCUGUAACCGGCUAGCGAGUCUGUUGACGACUCGAGUUGACACCCUCCCCAAACCUCGGCAGCAGCUAAGCUGCACAGUCGACAUGGCAAGAAAAUAUCGCAACAAUUUCCUAAAAAAAGAUGAAAAUCUUCCAAGUCUUUUGGAAUGAUAUGCAUCACGCGAUGUGAUACAAAAUCCACAAUGUGUGAGGACAUUUAAGAACAAUUGAGUUCGGAAGAAAAAUUCUUGAUUCCAGUGGAAUCUUUCAUAUAUAUUAUUAUUAGUUUUUUUCUCUGUGUUAAAGCUUAAAUACAUUUACACCCACUUGUCCCAUCAACAUAUAACCAUGCCAGUGCAAGCACCACAAUGGACAGAGUUCCUGCUGUGCCCCAUCUGCACACAGACAUUUGAGGAGACUGUUCGCCGGCCCAUCAGCUUGGGCUGUGGACAUACUGUCUGCAAGAUGUGCCUGAACAAGUUGCACCGUAAGGCCUGUCCCUUUGACCAGACAGCCAUCAGCACAGACAUCGAGCAGCUACCUGUCAACACAGCCCUGUUGCAGCUGGUGGGAGGCCAGGUUCCUAAGGCUCAGCCAGUUGCCUUGAUUACCAGUCCAGAGGACUCGCAGCAUUAUGAGGAGGCCCGGCAGUGUGUGGAGGAGCUGGCCCUCUACCUCAAACCUCUCAGCAACACCAGAGGUGUGGGCCUGAGCAGCACGGCCCAGAGCAUGCUGAGUCGACCCAUGCAGAGGAAAUUGGUAACUCUGGUCCACUGCCAGCUGGUUGAGGAGGAGGGUCGCGUUAGAGCCAUGAGAGCUGCCCGCUCUCUGGGUGAGCGAACCGUUACCGAACUCAUCUUGCAGCACCAGAAUCCACAGCAGCUCUCCUCCAAUCUGUGGGCCGCUGUGCGUGCACGAGGAUGUCAGUUUCUUGGCCCAGCCAUGCAGGAGGAAGCUCUAAAGUUGGUUCUUCUUGCUCUAGAGGAUGGCUCUGCUCUGUCCAGGAAGGUGUUGGUUCUCUUUGUGGUCCAGAGACUUGAGCCACGCUUCCCGCAGGCUUCUAAGACUAGCAUAGGCCAUGUGGUGCAGCUCCUCUACAGGGCCUCCUGCUUCAAGGUGACCAAACGUGAUGAAGAUUCAUCCCUGAUGCAGCUGAAAGAGGAGUUCCGUACUUACGAGGCUCUGCGGCGCGAGCAUGACUCUCAGAUAGUUCAGAUUGCCAUGGAGGGUGGGCUGCGCAUCGCACCUGACCAGUGGUCUUCUCUGUUAUAUGGAGAUCAGUCUCACAAGUCACACAUGCAGUCUAUCAUAGAUAAGCUGCAGACCCCGGCGUCUUUUGCUCAGAGUGUCCAGGAGCUGACGAUUGCCCUGCAGAGGACCGGAGACCCAGCCAACCUCAACAGGCUGCGGCCCCACCUGGAACUACUGGCCAACAUUGAUCCCAGUCCUGAUGCUCCCCCUCCCACAUGGGAGCAGCUUGAGAAAGGGUUGGUAGCAGUGAAAACAGUGGUGCAUGGCCUGGUGGACUUCAUCCAGAACCACAGCAAGAAAGGAGCUGACCCUCAACAGCCUCCUCAGCACAGCAAGUAUAAGACAUACAUGUGUCGUGACAUGAAGCAGAAGGGAGGCUGUCCUCGAGGAGCCAGCUGCACCUUUGCUCAUUCUCAGGAAGAACUGGAGAAGUAUCGUAAAAUGAAUAAGCGUCUGGCAGCGCGCCUCCCUGGCUCAGGAGGGCUCAUGCCAGAUGAGGGCCUUCCUCUCGAUGUAGCAGUGACCCGGAAGCCUUCACCCCUCACCAACGGUAGUGGUGGACACUCUUUGCCCCAACUCAUUGCCCGUGGCACCGACACAGUCUCAUAUGAACUGUUGCGUAAACCCAUGAAGAUGGAUGGAGGGAGUCCCAGUGCCCCAGGAUCACCACCUGAUGGUAUGGACCCUGGGCUACCCAAACCUGGUAUGCCUCUGCCACCUCAUGCCAUGGCCCACCAAAGGAUGCCAGUGGACCACCUCUCUGGGGUGAAGCACAUGCCUGUGGUAGCCAGGGGUUCACCAGUGUAUACCCAGCCACCGCACCCUGAGAUGUGCUAUGACACCCGCCCACCACCUUCGGCUUCUCAGUAUGACCCUCCACAAUACCCCACAGGGUACCCCUACCAACAGCAACCACAGUAUGUCCCCCGGGAUUACAUGCGUAACCCUCCUCCCCCCAGUGAGUCAGGACCCCCUUACCAGGACCCCUACCCUGGCUACGGCCCUCCAGAGCGCCCCUAUCAGGCCCCUCACUCUGGUCCACCUUUCUCUUACCCUCAUCCUCCACACCAUGACCGAGGUCGCCACGGGACCUACACUGGCCCACCACCUCCCCCACAGCCUUAUCCAUCUCAGAGGGAUGGCCUGGUCAGAAUGAGUCCCGCACCUCUGGAUAUGCCCCCACCAUCAGCAGGACAGGCUAACUCCCUUUAUCACCAGGAGCCCAGUGCCCGUGAUAGAUACCCUCCAGAUGGCUACUAUACACAGAAUGCUCAGCCUCCACCCAUGAGGGCUUAUGGAAGGGGACCAUCAUAUAGUGGUUCACAGCCCAGCCUGGACUACCUGCACCGACGUCGGCAGGAGCUGUUAUCCCAGCUGGAGGAAAGGAAGGUCAUCUCCCCUCCACCAUUCGCUGCCUCCCCCGUUUCUCAUCCCUUCCCCAGCGACUACCCUCCAGAGUAUGGCGAGGAGAGCUCCAAAAACAUGGUGAAAUGCAGAGAACCUGACUAUGCAGGGCAGUACUCUCCCUGGUCUUGUGAAACCAUUGGCUCCUACAUUGGCACAAAGGAUGCCAAACCCAAAGACGUUAUGGUUCCUGGUACCAUGGACAUGAUGAAUGCGGAGGCUAAGGGUCUGAGGGAACCAUCGCUGGAGGCUCCUCGGAGGGGUGCAGAAGUCAAAGACGAUGACCCUAUUAUCCCAUUUGGCCCCCAGCCUACCGUGUCGCGCUUCGGUGCCAUCUCCCGCACCUCAAAGAUGGGCUACCAGACCGCAGGCCCUGUGCAGGCUAUGGCCUCCACGCCCCAGAACCCAAGCUCUAAACAUAUGGCCAUGUCAGCAGAAUACACAUAUGGGAGCCAUGGAGGAUGGGGUGGAGCUUCAUACCCCUCCCACCAGACUGCCUCCUCCUCUCAGGGACAUUUCAGUGAACGCCUACCUAUGGCAGCCCCAGACAGAGAACAGUUAAAGAUUGAGCUGCAACAGGUCAACCAGCAGAUCAACCAACAGACCCAAAUGCGAAGCAUGGAGGCUGCCAGUAACUCUUUACUGCUGCAGAGGGAGGCCAGUGCAUUGGCAGGCCAGCCUGGGCAGCCCAGCCAGAGCCAGGUGUCAGUAGCUCAGCAGCAGGCCAAGUGGCCAGCAGGGGGAGCAAGUACAACAGCAGUCUCCAGUGAACAGCUAAGCAUGGAGCUCCACCAGGUGGAGAGAGAGAUUGGCAAGAGGACCCGUGAGAUGGCUUUGCAGGAAAACCAAGUAGCCCAUGAUGUUCAGCAGUACAAGAUGAAGACAGCAGAGAAUGGACAACCAGAGCACAAAACUCAGCUGGAAGAAAUCUCCCUGGCUCUUGGCGAGGUGUCAAAUGGCUCCAGCAGUCUGCAAGAAAGUGCAGUGGGCGGGUCCAUGCUGUCACUGACCAAUAAGACGUCUGCGAUGAGCCUGUGCUCUGAUCCAGGUGCCACUGGGUCAGAGAUGCAGAAGAAUGGCGUCGUCCAUUCCUGCUCUUAGGCAGUACACACUUACACACAGACACAUACAUACACACAUGCACACACUCAAGAUGCUCAAUUGAAAAGCAUGCACAGGCACACAUACACCCAUUCUAUUUAGAAGAUGAGCAGUAUCUGCCGUGAUAUGAAUUUUCUUUCUUUUUGUUCUGUGAAUGAGCUUUUUUUAAUGACUUUCCUUGCCUGGAAACCAGAGCAUAUGAUAACAUUUCUUGUGUGUGUUUAAUUAUUUUCUUUUCUUUUUUGUACUGGGAUUAUAGAUUAACAAGGCUCACAAUAGAUAUAUCAGGAAGAGAAAAUGGUGGUGAUGUUGACAGUUGUACUGGUAAUUUCGUUCAAAAAGGAUAGGCCUAUUUCAUCCUUAAUAAACACAAAAAAAAAACAUAGUCAAGUAUUUGAUCGAUCCUCUCCAGAUAAGAUUUUUGAUUUAGUUGUACCAGCAUACAUGGAGAUGAACGGUUAGAUACAGAGGAGCAGAUUAACAAGCACUUUCACAUGCACUCUGAGGAACAUUCUUGCAAUCUGGCGAUCUAUGAAGGUAUUGUAGGAAGCGGCAGAAGUGUGUCACUUGGUUCUCAACCCCAGAAUCGUAAAAAAAAAAAAAAAAAAAAAAAGUGGUUGCCCAGGUGUAGAUGGUCUGAGGAGGGAAAAUCAGUACAAUAUUUCACCAGUAUUCAGCUGAAAUGGAUUUGCAAGGUGUUUCAGAAAUCACUUUUGCACCACAUGCACGUCCUCACCUGCCACAAGAAGUAUGGUUUUAUUAGUGCAUUUUAUGAACACAUCAUAUGUCUGUUUCAUACUUGAAAGCAGUAUAUUAUAUAUUUAAUUGAAGCAUUCUGUUUUAAAGAUUGCAACAAGUGUUUUUGAUAAUAAGCUUUCCACGUUUUCUAUAAGGGAAUCUACUAUGUGCUUCUCUUGGUUGUGAUGUGACCUAAUGUGGUUUGGUUACAAUGCCUUUCGCCUGUGCUCCUUAAGGCUGCAUUCAGUCCGAUUGCGUUGUGAGAUUUUUCACAGCAUGCUCAAAAAUGUCGAUUUUUUUUUUUUGGGGUGAAUGCACGUGAUCAGGCUGAGAGAAAGUACAUCUUUCUGCCUCAGGAGUCAGGCGAGUAUCUUUAUAACAUAGGUUAAAUAAGGAUUUCCCUCCUCAGAGCUUCUCGUCUCACCACUCAAAAGGCCUCCCCAUUGGGAUUAUCUUGUCAUUUGUUCUCCUAACUUCUAUGAAGUUGCCUUCCCUUGUGUUUUUUUUUGUUCAGUUUUAUCUUUUCAUGCUUUACGUUGUUACGAUUUGGGGUGUGUGGCUUACCUAGUGAAGGCUUUAUAGAGCUUAGCUGAAAGCGUGUCCUCUGUCAUAAAAUGGUUGAAUUUCAAGCAAAACUCAGACUUAAGGGUAACUGUUGUAGCGUUUUUAGCUACACAGUACAUUUGAAAUCAUGUUUACAGCUGAGGACAUUAGUGUUGGUCACUGAGGGGUGAACAAAACAAACGCAAAUAGCAGAUUUGAUGAGUUUGUUUAUAUCGCAUUGAAUAUAUUUAAGCAUCUUUAUUGGCGAGUAUUACAAUAUUCUGUUUAGUAUCACAUUUUCCUUUUCACACCUUGAUGUCAUCAUCACCACCAUUACCACUGUUAUUGCUCUUCCUCCAUCAUGUAAAUUGUUUACUGCUAAUGCUCAACAUAGAGCUCUUUGCCUUUUGUAAACAAUUGGCAUGAUUGGCUCCAGUUUUACAGCUCUGCUGAGAGCUAGCGAGUCCUUGUGUUUGAACGGUUGGAUAGAGGAGACGCUCUGGGUCAAGUCAUUUACGUUUAACGUUGAGCCUUCGUUUUGGUCAGACGAGGGGUACUGAAAAACUGACAGUUUGACAAAUCCCUGAUAACCGAUGAGUCAUAAAUAAAGACACAAAUGUUUUGUGUCUCUCAUCUGGGUUGUUUGAUGGGCAUCUCUUUCAAUUUGUCAGCGCCACGAUAGUGGAUGUUUGGGUUUUUCUUUUCUUUUUUUUUUAAUUUUUCCUACCACACUUCAAGCCUCUGGCUGCUCCUUGCUACAUUUAUUGUUUAGGUACACAGCUCACUUAUACAUAUGAGUAUGUAUACAUACAUUAAUAUACUAAAGCACUAUUAAUGUGCCACCUCUUAUUUUACUCGCUCAGCAUUUAUAUUAAAUGAUCUCUACUUAGAAUCAGCAAAAUGUUUUUGUUUCUUUUCGUUUGACUUGUUUUCUGUCCACUGGUUGCCAACACAGACUUUAUCCUUUCCCAGACGAAGGACUUCUGUGCGCAUUGAUGUGUGUUCACUUAAUCUUUUGUGUUCAAACAAAGAUGUUCUUUAUAGACUAUGCUUCCGAAGACAAAUUUAUGGAGACGUUUGUGUGUGAUAGAUUGUAUUGUAGAAAAUGUACCCUACGUUUUUCUCCCCCCCCACCCCUCUCAGAGUGUGCUGUACUGGGUAAUAGUUCUGAGGUAUUAGAAAGGUGUUGGGGUUUUUUUUUCCCACCCUUGCCCCCAAGAGGAUAUUCAGGAAGUCUCUGAUGAUAGGUUGGCCUUAAAUCCUCUGGCAAUGCUCCUUUACAUUGUCCGCUAUGGGAGCACAAGGCGAUCUCAAAAAUACUAAUUGGCAUGAUACAGAGUCAUACAGAUGGACUCUACUGUAGUAGAUCUCCCCCCCCCCCCCCUUCCCUUUUGAAAAUGUCAUGUAAAACAGCAACAUGCAAUAAUGCAAAUCUGUCAAGAUUUGAAGCAAAAUGUGUUUUAUUAAUUUUUUUUUCUAAGGAAAUGUUGACGUAGCUUGGUUUGUAGUUCUUUUCUCUAUCUCUUGUUUUCUGUUUCUGCAAUAGUUGAGUGAAUUUACUGACCUGCAAGUCUUACAGUCUUUAAUGCAUCAUCUGACCUGAUGUGUAGUCAACAGCUAAGAGUAUGACAGUUACACACUAGUUUGGUUCUUCUUUGUCAAGUAUUCACAAGAAAUCGGCCCACCAGCUUAAUUCUGCUGUAAUGUCAUGAAUUGGCAACACAUGGUGUUAAUUUAAUAUCACUCUCUCUUAAGUGCAAGUCAACCAAAACUAUGAAUGCUGAUUCUACCUGAUAGGUCCCUGCAGGUCUGAAUGAGCCUAAAUGGCUUUAGCUUAGCAGAACUGACAUACAAGGAUGCAUGGGGUGGUUUACUAUGUAGUAAAUAGCAAAGAUGUUCAUUUCAAUCUCCUGUGUGUUUUUGUUUCUGAGUGGAACUGCUGCCUCUGCCCCUCAUUUACAUAACCAGUUAACCCCUCCACUCCCACCCUUGACCACUGAACUCUGUUACUGCUGUUUGAGGCUCACAUUUUAUUCCCUGACUUUCUGGGGAAAUUCGCAAAUGGCUAUUUUAUAUGAUUACUCCCUUGUAAAAUAUCUCUUAAAUUAAGGUACAGGUUUGAUUUCAGCAAGAAAAAAGAAGUUUUUAUAUGUAUAUUAUACUCCAUUAAGGAAUGUCUAGAAUUAUCUUCCUCCAAUGUGGAUGUAGCCAUUAUUACGCCAUUUUAUGACUUUGUAAGAGAAUUCACUGUGUGAAAAUUGGUUUGCAUUUUUGUAUAAUACAAUCUGCUUUUUUUUUCGUUUGAUACGAGAGGGAGGUCAAACUGGAAGUUUGAAGAGAGAAAAAAAAAUGAACCUGUGAAAUUGAGAAAACAAAGUGUAACUUAUGUACAACAGUGAUUCUAAGCUGAGGGGAAAGGAUUAAAUGAUAUUGCUAACUCGG